AUGUUCAUUACGAUGAAAGGAGAUUUAGUUGAAUUGAAUAAAAGAAAUCUUGUCAUUUCUAGAACACCAAUUGAUAAUCAUACUAAAGUCUAAUACAAAUAAGAAAAGUUGGUGAUUAAUGAUAAAAUAGUGUUAAACAAUUUUAACAAGUUAUUUAUUAAUCGGUUAGAUUAUGCAAUCAAAAAUUAUGAAAUCAAAUUACAAUAGGCAAUCUAACAAUUUAUUUGCAAUAGGCAAGAGAUACUAAAAAUUAACUAAACUGAUAAAAAAUUAGUUACAAGAUAUAUCUGGAUCAACGAUAACUAUUAAGAAAUCAGAUAUUCUGAUGCUCCUUUGACAAAAAAUUUCAAAAAAAUACCAAUAAAUGAAAUUUCAUUUCAAUACCAACAAUCUGAUGAUAAAAUUAUGAAAGCACUCAAAAAAUAUGAUCUUUACCCUGAAUAUUUGUUGACAAUUACCCACAAAAAGAAAUAGCUUUCUGUUGUGUUUCUCUCAUUUAGAAAAUUGAGCGCUUUCAUUUUACUUUGCAAUUGGAUUCUUAAAUCCAGAGAUCUUCCAUAAAUUGAAUUUUCCGCCCUGCAAUUCCUUAAAUUCAAAUUGUAGUAUGCAGCUCAGCAAUAAGGUUUACCUAUCAAAAAAUACUUACUCAUUUAGUUAAACAGGAUGAGAACGUAACUAACUUUAUAAAACCUUAAAGACAAAAAUUCAUAAGUUUUAGAAUCAGGUUAAUCUUCAGAGAAGAAGAAGUGGUCUGUAUAAUUAACUAUAAAAAAGUCGAAAUAAGAUAGUGUAGAAAAAGAAAAUAUUAAUAAAAAAAUUACUUUUUCCUGA